CUCUCAAAGAAAAUGAAAUGAUUAAAGUAAGUGCUUCAAAAUUCUGUAUUAAAAAGAAAGGUCUGGAUAGAGAUGGAAUUGGACAAUUUAAAUUAUUCAGGAAUAUUGUUGAAAACGAAAAAGUUGACUUAGAUGAACGUUUGUUGAAAAAGAAGUUGGAACAAGCAAAGACCCAGUUUAUUGUUGAUCGUUAUGUGUCAGGGAAUGAAGCUCAUAUGAUCGCAGACAAGGCAAAAUUAGAUUAUAUGUUGGCCCUUGACUCUCCUAGUGUUCUUACAACACCACUAUCCGAUACUUCUUUCACAACACCACCACUCGAUACUUUUUUCACAACACCACCACCCAAUACUUCUCUUACAAUACCAGGAAAUAAGGCCAAUACUGUCUUGAAUAGGAAUCAGAAGGAUAAACCAAUAACUGGAAGUAAGCGAAAAUAUCCAAAUAAGGAAUCAACUCUGUCAACUCCGUCAACUCCUCCAAAUAAGCUGACUGCAGAAGAGAAAGCAACUUUAAGAUAUGGAGUAUCAAGAGUUAUUGAUCUUUCGGCACAUAUGCGAGUAUGGUUUACUGAAACUGAACGUCAGGAUAUGAUGAAAGAUCAUGAAAAAAUUCUCAAAGUUCCCGAAUUGACAAAAGACAUUAAUGAGUUCAUUGCAAAGGUAGAAAAAUCUUUUUGUCCUUUAAGCCAGUCCGCUAGUUAUGAAAGAGGUAGGAAAUGUGAUGUCCGAUUUUUAAGUCAUACGGGAAUAGAUCUUGGUGAAUGGGAGUUUUCCGCUCAAGCAACUCCAACUAAAGCAAUCGAAGAUCAUUUAACUGACAUACAAACGGGUAUUAUUAAGGUUCCAUAUUUACAAAUUGCAGGUGUCUUUGGACAACUAUUGGUAGAAGACUUGGUAAAUGGUUUCUAUGUCGUUUAUCCGGAACCAAUAUUUGAGAUACCAACAAGAUUGAAUCACAUUAGAAAAUUAAAAUCGAAAAUGUAUAAAGAAGUUAACGAAAUACUUGAUGAGUUAAACCAUAGUCGGAACUUACUUGAAGAUAUUUUCAAAGUUGAUGGCGUUAGAUCAUCACGACACAAUUCAUACAAAUCAGUGUUCAUCCAUAAACCAUGGUGGACACCAAAGAGCAAAUCUCAAAAAUCUCAAGUAUUAACUGCAAUUGAAGAGAUGGAAAAAUAUGCGCUAGUAUUCAUUUCAUGUAAUAAAUGA